AUGUCCAAACAGCCCGCUGAUUCUGCCGGGAUUGGGUUGCAGGACCUCAAGUCCAACACUGGGUCUGAGAGCAUCGAGAAGGUAUCACUUCCAGCCAGUGACUAUCAAUACCACGAUGGCCAAGUGCUGAGUAGGUUUCAACGCCUGACUAACUCCUUCAAACGCGCAGGAGAGCACGGUCGCGGUGGUGAUGUGGACGCUGAGGGCCAACCGGUGGCGCCUCGCGAAACCAAACUCAAACAGACCAUCAGCUCGAGGCAUCUGUUCAUGAUCUCGCUCGGUACAGGUAUUGGUACUGGUAUGCUGGUUGGUAACGGUAAGGCACUACACAAUGGUGGCCCUGCGGGUCUCGCAAUCGGAUACGCUAUCAUGGGUAGCUGUAUCUACUGCAUCAUCCAAGCAGCCGGUGAAAUGGCUGUCAGCUAUAGCUCCCUAUCAGGUAAUUUCAAUGCCUAUCCUUCGAUGUUAAUAGAUCCUGCGUUGGGCUUUUCCGUUGCAUGGGUGUACUGUCUGCAGUGGUUGUGUGUCCUUCCUCUAGAACUUGUUACGGCUACAAUUACCAUCAAGUACUGGACCACGGCUGUUAACCCAGACGUAUUUGUGGUAAUAUUCUAUGUUCUGACUGUUUUGGUAAACCUCUUCGGCGCACGCGGCUACGCCGAAGCUGAAUUUUUCUUCAACACCUGCAAAGUUCUCAUGAUUACCGGUUUCUUCAUCUUGGGUAUCAUUGUCAACUGCGGUGGAGCGGGCAACGACGGGUACCUCGGGGGCAAGUACUGGCACGACCCUGGCGCUCUUUAUGGUACCAAACCCAUUCAUCACUUUAAGGGCAUCAUCGCCACCAUGGUCACUGCUGCGUUCGCUUUCGGUGCUACUGAGUUCAUUGCAUUAACCGCUGCCGAACAAGCCAACCCAAGACGCGCUAUUCCUUCCGCUGCGAAGAAAAUUGUCUACAGAGUUCUACUUAUUUUCCUAGCGCCUAUCAUUCUUCUUGGCUUUUUGGUGCCUUACAACUCCGAUGAGCUGAUGGGCUCCGGCGGGAGUGCUACACAUGCAUCGCCUUACGUUAUCGCGAUUGCUUCUCACGGAGUUAAAGUGGUUCCCCACUUCAUUAACGCUGUCAUUUUACUCUCUGUUCUCUCUGUGGGAAACUCUGCAUUUUACUCGAGCUCCCGUCUGCUGUUGUCGCUUUCAGAACAACAUUAUGCACCAUCGUGGCUCAAUUACAUUGACCGUGAGGGUAGACCCAUCAGAGCCAUGUUAGUUUCAUGUAUUUUCGGAUUGAUCGCCUUCGUGGCAGCAUCUCCUAAAGAAGAGACUGUGUUUACAUGGCUGUUGGCCAUUUCUGGUCUCUCUCAGCUUUUCACAUGGAUAUGCAUCUGCGUCUCGCAUAUCCGGUUUAGAAAGGCCCUUGUUGUUCAGGGCAAAUCUUUGGGCGAAUUGGGUUACAAAUCUCAGACCGGAGUUGUUGGCUCUUACUACGCUACCGUUAUUAUGGCAUGUGUUCUAACCGGCCAGUUCUGGGUUGCCAUUGCCCCUGUCGGAACUGACAAGUUGGAUGCCAACAACUUUUUCGAGAAUUACUUAGCUAUGCCAAUUCUCAUUGCACUCUAUUUUGGGUACAGGGUCUGGAAACGUGACUGGAAGUUAUACAUUCCGCUCGAGCAGAUCGAUCUGGUUUCUCAUAGAAAAGUGUUCGACGAAGACCUUCUCAAGCAGGAGGACGCCGAAUACGAGGAAUCGAUAAGAAACUCCGGCUGGCUAAGUAGAGUGGCGCACUUUUGGUGUUAG